CUUCAUUCCCCACACUUGCAGGUGUCCUCGUGGUCAAUGUCACGUGGAGGAACAAAACAUAUGUAGGGACCCUACUGGACUGCACCAAGCACGACUGGGCCCCACCCCGGUUCUGUGAGUCACCGACAAGUGACCUGGAGAUGAGAGGUGGCCGGGGCAGAGGCAAGAGAGCAAGGUCCGCUGCAGCGGCCCCAGGCUCAGAGACCAGCUUUGCAGAGUCCAGAGGGUUACAGAACAAGAACAGAGGGGGGGCCAAUGGGAAAGGGAGGAGGGGCAGCCUCAAUGCUAGUGGGCGAAGGACACCCCCAAAUUGUGCUGCAGAGGACAUCAAGGCCAGCCCUUCUUCCACCAACAAAAGGAAAAACAAGCCUCCCAUGGAACUGGAUCUCACAUCCAGUUCUGAGGACAGUAAGCCUGGGAAGCGUGUCCGCACAAAUUCCAGAAGCACCCCUACCACCCCACAAGGGAAACCAGAGACUACUUUUUUGGACCAAGGCUGCUCUUCUCCAGUGUUAAUAGAUUGUCCCCACCCAAACUGCAACAAAAAAUACAAGCACAUUAACGGCCUGCGAUAUCACCAGGCUCAUGCACACUUAGACCCAGAAAACAAGCUGGAGUUUGAGCCUGACAGUGAAGACAAGAUCUCAGACUGUGAGGAGGCCCUGAGCAAUGUGGCCCUCGAAUGCAGCGAGUCAAGCACAAAUGUAGCAACCUAUGACCAGGUGAAGGCACCAGCAUCCCCUGGCUCCAGCAACCCCCCUGGAACCCCCCGAGGCAAGAGAGAGCUGAUGAGUAAUGGUCCAGGUUCUGCUAUUGGUCCAAAAGGUGGGAAAAACUCUGGCAAAAAGAAGGGUCUGAACAGUGAACUGAACAACCUCCCUGUCAUCUCCAACAUGGCGGCUACCUUAGAUAGCUGCUCAGCAGCAGAUACCAGUUUGGCUGCUGAGAUGCCCAAAUUGGAAGCAGAAGGAUUAAUUGACAAGAAAAAUUUGGGAGAAAAGGAAAAGGGCAAGAAAGUGAACAACUGCAAACUGGACAAGAACCUCUCUAAACUGAAGACUGCCCGGCCCAUUGCCCCAGCCCCCGCACCCACUCCUCCUCAGCUCAUCGCCAUUCCCACUGCAGCCUUCACAAGCACCACCACAGGGACCAUCCCUGGAUUGCCCUCUCUCACCACCACUGUUGUUCAGGCCACACCAAAGAGCCCUCCAUUAAAGCCCAUUCAACCAAAGCCCACAAUUAUGGGGGAGCCCAUCACCGUGAACCCAGCUCUUGUGUCACUCAAAGACAAAAAGAAAAAGGAGAAGCGGAAGCUAAAGGACAAAGAAGGGAAAGAGACAGGCAGCCCGAAAAUGGAUGCUAAGCUGGGGAAGCUAGAGGAUGCCAAGGGGGCGGGGAAGGAUUUAUCGGGGCAUUUUUUAAAGGAGCAUCUCAGCAAGAAUGAAGGGCUGGCUAAUGGGUUGUCCGAGUCUCAAGAGAGCCGCAUGGCCAGCAUCAAAGCAGAGGCUGAUAAGGUGUACACAUUCACGGACAAUGCACCCAGCCCUUCCAUUGGCAGUGCUUCAAGAAUGGAGUGCAACACCUUGGUGAAUGGGCAGGCUCCCAUGGCCCCCCUGCAUGUGUUGACACAAAAUGGAGCUGAGGGUCCUGCAGCGAAGACCAGCAGCCCGGCCUAUUCGGACAUAUCCGAUGCUGCCGAUGACGGAGGCUCUGACAGCAGGUCAGAGGGCAUGAGGUCAAAGGCCAGUUCCCCAUCAGACAUUAUUUCUAGUAAGGACGGUGUGGUAAAAGGACAUCCUUCAUCAACAGCACAAUCAUCACAAAUGAAGGAGUCACACUCCCCCUAUUACCAUGGCUACGACCCAUAUUAUUCUCCAAGUUAUAUGCACCCUGGCCAGGUCAGUGUCCCUGCAGCUGGGAAUGGUGUGAGCACACAAGGAAUGAAGAUCAAGAAGGAGUCUGAGGAAGAUGCAGAAAAGAAGGACAAAGCAGAGCAGCUCGAUGCCAAGAAAGUGGACCAUAACACAGCAGCAUUACAGCCACAGCACCAGUCAGUGAUCACACAGAGACACCCUGCUCUGGCUCAGUCACUUUAUUAUGGCCAGUAUGCCUAUGGGCUCUAUAUGGACCAGAAGUCUCUCAUGGCCACCAGCCCUGCCUAUAGACAGCAGUAUGAGAAGUACUAUGAGGACCAGAGGCUGGCAGAGCAAAAAAUGGCCCAAACUGGGAGAGGAGACUGUGAAAGGAAAAAUGAGCUCCCCUUGAAAGAGCUGGGCAAGGAGGAUAGUAAACAGAAAAAUGUGCCGUCAGCCACAAUCUCAAAAGCUCCCUCUACUCCAGAGCCUAACAAAAACCAUUCUAAACUAGGGCCAUCAGUGCCUAAUAAAACUGAGGAGACAGGUAAAUCGCAGCUUCUCUCCAAUCACCAGCAGCAGCUUCAGGCCGACAGCUUCAAAGCUAAGCAGAUGGAAAACCACCAGCUUAUUAAGGAGGCUGUAGAAAUGAAAUCUGUCAUGGACUCUAUGAAGCAGACAGGUGUAGACCCAACCUCGAGAUUUAAACAAGACCCAGAUUCAAGAACAUGGCAUCACUAUGUGUACCAACCCAAAUACCUAGAUCAACAAAAGUCAGAAGAACUUGACAGAGAAAAGAAAUUAAAAGAAGACAGUCCCAGGAAAACUCCCAAUAAGGAGGGUGGCGUGCCCAGUCUUCCUGUAUCACUAACAAGCAUUAAAGAGGAGCCCAAAGAGGCCAAGCGUCCCGACUCUCAAUCCAUGGAGGAUAGCAAGCUGAAAAAUGAUGAUCGAAAGACUCCGGUGAACUGGAAGGACUCUCGGGGGACGAGAGUGGCUGUGUCUUCGCCUAUGAGUCAGCAUCAGUCCUACAUACAAUACUUGCAUGCUUAUCCUUACCCACAGAUGUAUGACCCCAGCCACCCUGCAUACCGGGCUGUCUCUCCCGUCCUAAUGCACAGUUACCCUGGAGCCUAUCUCUCUCCAGGAUUUCAUUAUCCUGUUUAUGGGAAGAUGUCAGGGAGAGAAGAGGCAGAGAAAGUCAAUACCAGCCCUAGCAUCAACACGAAAACAACCACUGAAUCUAAAGCACUGGAUUUGCUCCAGCAGCAUGCGAACCAAUACCGCAGCAAAUCUCCUGCUCCUGUGGAGAAGGCUACUGCUGAGCGGGAACGGGAAGCGGAAAGGGAAAGGGAUCGCCACUCCCCCUUCAGCCAGCGACACCUGCAUACGCAUCACCACACCCACGUGGGCAUGGGUUACCCACUCAUCCCUGGCCAGUAUGACCCUUUCCAAGGCUUGACCUCUGCUGCCCUAGUUGCCUCUCAGCAAGUGGCUGCCCAAGCCUCUGCAUCAGGAAUGUUUCCUGCACAAAGAAGGUAA